CUAUUUCGACAAACCAAUUCAUAAACCAGCUUUCUCAAAACCACCGCUUCUCUUACAUUUCUCUCUACUUCUCUUUCAUUCGUUAGUUAAUCGGCGCCGCCGUGUUUUGCUGCUUCUUUUCAACUUCUCUCUGUUCAUUGACUGUUGUUCUUAAAUGGAAAAAAGAAAGCAACUAUUUAACCUCUUGACUCAUCCAUUAUAAAACGAUAUCCACAAACCACACAUACCCAACAACCAUCUUCAUCAAUUAUCCUCUAUUUGAUUCUCCGAUUCCAUUACAUAUCAAUCGAACAUCAACUCAUAGUUCCAACAAAAUCCGGCAUGGAUUCACCUUCACCACCAACGACAGAACCGAAUUGGGAGUGUGUGGAUCACCCGCUGCAUGCAAUCGGCUUUGAGAUCGAUGAGUUAACGCCACACAAAGUCACCGGUCAUCUUCAGGUCACCGAGAAGUCUUGUCAGCCGUUUAAGGUGUUACACGGCGGAGUAUCCGCGUUAAUAGCAGAGUCCCUGGCGAGUAAGGGAGCAGUCCUAGCGUCGGGAUGGAAGAGAGUCGCCGGAGUACAGCUCAGCAUCAACCACCUCAAACGUGCUGACAUCGGUGAUCUUGUUUUUGCUGAGGCUACACCUCUCCACGUUGGCAAAACCAUUCAGGUAUGGGAGGUGAGGCUAUGGAAGAUUGAUCCUCAUAACUCAGAAAGUAGAUUGCUUAUAUCGUCAUCAAUGGUUACUGCUAUUCCAGAUAAUCUUAAAGAUGGUGUUGAAAAUUUCAAGAAGUAUGCUAAGUUAUAACUUAGAAGUUAUAAUCUCCUGUUUCACUUCCUUCAUACAAUGACUUGCAUACUAAAAAUGUAGAGUUAUUUGCAAAAAUGGGGCAGUUUUCAAAAAGGUUAGUAGAAAUGGGGCUGUUUUGAAUGUCUUUGUAGAAAUGGGGCCCCUGGCCCACUAAAUGAAUACGUAAAUAUAUAUUGAUCCUCA